GCAUGAACUGGUCUCUGAUUGGAUGAUUGAUGACCGGUGACAGACUGAUCAGCGCUGCAGUGGGCUGGUCUGUUAAGUCAUCGCCAUGUUAUUGGACAACCUAAGGAACAGAAAAUGAGUCAGUCCAGUAAAAUCUACAAAUUACAAGCUACCAAAGAGAACACUUCCAUUUGUCCCUCAAAGGAAACGACUGCAGGACUUCAGUGCCUCGCCGAGGCCACCAUCUGCUCGGGCGCCAACUGCCUCGUUCCGACCAGUGACUUCAAUGCAACAUUGAGUCUCGUGUUGAGUACGGUGCUCACCAUCAUGCUAGCUAUGGUGAUGUUUUCAAUGGGCUGCACGGUCGAUGCCAAGAAACUUUGGGGGCACAUCAGGAGACCAUGGGGCAUCAUUAUUGGUUUCCUCUGCCAGUUUGGCAUCAUGCCUUUCACUGCCUUUGCCUUAUCCAUCGCCUUCGGCGUGCUGCCUGUUCAGGCCAUUGUCAUCGUGAUCAUGGGUUGCUGUCCAGGAGGUUCCGGCUCUAAUAUCAUCUGCUACUGGCUAGAUGGAGACAUGGACCUAAGUAUCAGUAUGACAGCCUGUUCCUCCAUCCUGGCCUUGGGCAUGAUGCCACUCUGUCUGCUCAUCUACACCUCCAUCUGGACUUCUUCAGACACAAUCCAAAUCCCGUAUGACAGCAUUGGUAUUACUUUAGUGGCCCUCCUUGUCCCAAUUACCGUGGGAAUAUAUGUGAAACGUAGAUGGCCCCAAGUGGCUAAGAAGAUCCUCAAGGUUGGAUCCAUUGCAGGCUUUGGUCUCAUUCUCAUCAUUGCUGUGGUUGGAGGAAUUCUUUACCAAUCUUCCUGGACGAUUUCCCCUUCCCUGUGGAUAAUCGGAACAAUCUACCCUUUUAUUGGUUUUGGGUUGGGUUUCCUUAUGGCCCGCUUUGUUGGACAACCAUGGUACAGGUGUCGUACAAUUGCACUGGAGACUGGUUUCCAGAACUCCCAGUUGUGCAGCACCAUUGUCCAGUUGUCCUUCAGCCCAGCUGAGUUGGAGGUGAUGUUUGCAUUCCCGCUUAUCUACAGCAUCUUCCAGCUGGUAGUGGCCGUCCUGUUUGUGGGAGGUUACCAAGUCUAUAAAAAGAAAUGUGAUCGAGGAACAGCUGAGACGGACGGUGAGUCUCCGUCGUUGGAAGAAGGCUGUGCUGAACAAGCAAAAGAGAAGCGCUAUUACGUGGAAAACAGGGCGUUUGAAUCGAAUGAAAGUAGCGUCAAAAAAGGCAAAGCUGAGCACCCGGACAAGAACACCCAGUUGUGAGACGACGACCAGCGUGACCUGCACUCCACGCUGCUGACAGCUGCCAACUUGAAACACUCUGCAGGCUGGUGGUGUGCGCUGGAAAUUACAGUACAAAGGGGAUUCAUAUGGCCUCAUUCGUUGCGGUUUACCUGACACAUGAAACCUGAUGAAUUGGGGCGUUGCACUAUUCACUUUAGCCGCCAAAUGGCAGUAGUGUUAAAUAUCUUAAAAUGUGUUUUGUGGCAAUUGCAACUUUGACCAUAGCACCAGUUGCUAUGCAGAGUGGUGCUUUUCAUAGUUUUCAGCAGACUGUAUUGCAAAAUAAUUAACGCCCCUCUCUUUCUCUCACACGAGAUCCACCCAGGAAUGGGGCCAUAUGAAUCCCUUCCCUACUGUAACUCCAUUUGCAAACUGUGUGAUAUUUCUCAAAAAAAUUGUGACCAAACUAGAUGUUAGAUUUUCUGUGUUUUUGUAGACAUAUUUGUAGGUUCUGAUGAAGUACAGAAGUGGUGUGGUUCAAAUUACCUACUGAGAAACCAGCAUGCUCUGCAGUGAACAUUUAUGAUUUGCGGAACAAAUAACUAUCUUUUUCUUAGAAUAUGUUAACUCUGACAAAAGAAAUAGCCCUAAAAACAAAUGUCCACUGCUUAUUCUCAGAAAUAUGUGGAUUUAUCCAAACAGUAAAAAUACACAGUAGAGUUUUGCAUACAAUAGUACCUCAGGAUACAAGUUUAAUUAGUUCUGUGACGCAGCUCUUACCUCGAACAACUUGUAUUGAGAGACAGCUUCGCCCAUUGAAAAUAAAUUUAAAGCAAGCUUUGCCUCUUAAAACAGCACAAUUGUAUCAUGUACAUGCCUUUAGAAAAAAAUAACUUUUAGAUACAUAUUGUUUUAAAAACAAUACAAUAGAAUGUAGUACAAACAGUUGCUGUAUUUUAUGAAGUAAAGACUAUGGUCAGCAUUUACUAAGUGUGGCGGAAAAAAUCCAUUCACAUGUAAAUUGCUAUCUUAUUUAUUACGAUUCUGAAUUGAUUCAAUAAUUUUAAAGAAUCAAUUUUUGAAAAUACUUUUGAAGCCGUCUGCUUACUCAGUGCACCUAUACGUCGUACGUCAGCAACUAAGAAGAGCAUUUUUAACUUAUUUAAAAAAUGUUUUUUUAUAAUUUAUUUUAUACCAAAUAUAUUGCGAAAAUCUGUUCGAAUCAAGAAUUCUGAUGAAUCAAGAAUUAUACCUAUUUGAAUCUGCAUCCCAAGAAUCAUAAUUAAAUUGAGUCGUGAGCUGUAAGAUUUGACCUUGAAGGACAAACUUCUACUGCAUCUCCUUCCGACCGCCUCUUCGUCAAACACACCAUCAGCAGCUUGUCCAUAUUUUCUUGGAUAAAUGAUUGAUGUUCAGAUGUUAUUUUAACAUCCUUGUCUGGCGUUAUGCACUCAUUCUGCUUUAGUAAGGUGCAGAUUAGCAGUGCUACGCUCCAACUGCUUCACCAAGUUAGUCUGUUACACACUCUGUCAUGGUUUUAAUGAUUUAUUUCUUUAAUUCAAUGAAUAUCAUUCACAUCUUCUUUUCAGCACUGUCAUUCACACUCUCUUCUCCCCAUGCUUGGAAAACAAAGUUAUGUCCAUCUCUUGCUGUAAGCUAAUGCGAGCGAGUAAGACCAGAUGUUUUGAUCGGAUUUUAUGGAGUUUACUAUGACAUUAACUACGCUAACUAGUCGUGUGGAGGCUUGCAACCCCAAUUUUUUCUUGUAAACUAAAACAUCCUGAAAACUUGCAUCCCAAGGUACCACUGUAUAUUUGUUCUGCACCAAAAUUCUAUAUAUUUUUAUUCCUCCCAUUUUUUGACACUCAACUAUUCACUGAUUAAACCCUUCCAGCAUGUUCAAAUGUCUAGCUCAUCUGGGACACGAUGGCUACUCAUUGACACAUUUCUUAACAUGUCCCACAUUUGCUGCAAUUUCACAUUUUCCGUGAUAAAAUUCCUGAAUUUUAAAAAUUCAAUUUUUUUUUUGUUACAACAUGAGCAUCAGGGUAUUUCAGCAAACAAUUUUCCACCUCCCAACAUUCAAAAUUUUUCCAAAAUGUCACAUUAUUCAAACACAAAUGUCUUUUGAUCUUAAGAAUUCUCACUACGUCCUCAUUUCUCACACCAUUCCAACAUCUAAAUUUAGCUCAUUCAAAGUACCUAGACUUUUCCACAUUUCAAACAUUUCUACUUUUACUGUUAUUCCACUUUUUCCAUACAGCGUUAACACUUGAUUUCUAGUUGCCGUAUACACCUACAAAUGAUAUUCAAAAGGCCUUAAAGAUAUCACAAAUUAUAUUAAGACAACAGCUAUUGUCUUAUUUGAUACUGUUUAUGCCUCGUACAAGUUCAUAUGUAGAAGGUGGGGAUUGAACCCCAGUAACCAGAAAGCCUCCGAUUGCUGGCACAGCCACUCUACCAACUUCGCCACGCCGUCCCCGUGUGCUUAGUUGUUGUGUAGCUGUUAGCUCCUGGUAGCCUUUAGCCUCCCACGUUUACUUUUUGUAAAUAAAUUGACUGAAAUACAUGAAAAGACUAACCUUUUGGAGAACAUUUAGAUGUUAACUGGCUAUCCAGCUUUGCAUAAGUAAACACGCUGCAGGACUGUUUGUAUCAGAGAUCAUAUCACACAUUUUACAUGCAAACGCAAAUAAUCCCAUACUUUUUUUUUUUUUAAUUGCACCUAUUCCUGCUGUCUAUGGAUGUUCUCAUUCAUCCAGGUCAUUGUAUUCUCAGGGCAUUCAAUCGACCGCAACCGGACUGUUUGGUUUGUCUUAGAAGAUGUUUUGCCUCUCAUCCAAGUAGGCUUCAUCAGUUCAUGCUCAUAGAUUUAAAUUGGUCAGAUAUAGUCUUAGACUUAGAUCGGUCAGAUAUAGACUAGCAGCUGGUGCCAAAACCGCAAUAUGCCUCUGAUGGACAUUACUUUUUUUUCAAGUGUUUUAUGGCUACAUCUGCUGUACCCAGAAGCAACGAAAAGGUGAGACGAUGUAGUCGCUACUUAAAUUAAAAACUCAUUCUAACACAGACACCUUUCUACCGCCAUCAGUGGUCAAAAGAAAUAUAGCUCAUCAAAGCAGAACAAAAACAAAGCUUUUCAAAAUUUUUCCGAGCAAUUCUGAUUUUUUGUUUGAGGAAAGUGUAUUUAUGAAAAUAAGCGCACUAUCAAUUUUGCAAAUGCAUUGGUCUACUGUACUAUGCACACGAUACU